AUGUCGGCAGUGGCGUUUGCUGCAGCGCGGGGAGUGCACCCUGUCCACGUCAAGCCCAAUCAGCUGAACCCAUCCUGUCGCGUGGCCUCUCCCAGUCACUUCGGUCAGGGGAAGAUCUCGCAUACAGUUUUCGUAGCGGCAACCUUCGUGCUCACGCGCACCAGAGGUGGACUUGCCCGUCGGGCCCAGCCCGAGCCCAAGGCUCCUCCCAAGACCAAGAAGGGCAAGUCGAAGCGGAAACCGGAGUUCGACGCCAGCAAGGAACUGGGUGUCACUGAGCCGAUGGGCUUCUUCGAUCCUCUCAGCUUUGCGCCCAAGGACCAAGAGACCUUCUUCGAGUAUCGUGCCUGUGAAAUCAAACACGGGCGGGUGGCGAUGAUGGCAGCACUGGGCGCGGUCACGCAGCACUUUGUGCGCUUGCCCGGAUUUGAAAAGACCAAUUGGGGAGAAGAGAUGCCCUCAGGGAUCAAUGCAGCCUUUAAUACUCCUGGCACCUUUGGCUUGGUGGUGCUCACUUUGAUCGCCGGGGUCUUGGAGUUCACCUUGUGGUCGGAAGAUCCCAAGAAGGAGCCCGGCAACUUCGGGGACCCUUUGGGCCUUGGCCAGUAUACCGAGGACAUGCGUAACCGGGAGCUGAACAACGGGCGCUUCGCCAUGGUGGCCAUCACGGGCAUCGUGGUUGCAGAGCUGGUGACGGGGAAGGAUGCCGUGCAGCAGCUGGGCCUCUGA